ACUUUCAAGCGCAGGAACGGAGGAAGAAACAAGCAUGGCCGUGGCCACGUCAAAUUCAUUCGCUGCUCCAAUUGCGGCAAGUGUUGUCCCAAGGACAAAUCAAUCAAGAGGUUUCUUGUGAGGAACAUUGUUGAGCAGGCUGCAGUUCGUGAUGUUCAGGAAGCCUGUGUCUAUGAGCAAUACACUCUUCCGAAACUGUAUGUGAAGAUGCAGUAUUGUGUUUCGUGUGCUAUUCACUCUCACGUUGUGAGGGUACGUUCUCGCACUGAUAGGAGGAACCGUGAGCCUCCGCAGCGCUUUGCUAGGCGCAGGGAUGAUGCGCCAAGGCCCGGUCAACCUGGUCAAGCUCCUCGUCCUGCUGGAGCUGGAGCUGCCCCUCGUGUUUAAAUUCAUUCUAUAAUUUUAGGCCUUGUUAAUUCAAUAUUGUUAAGAACUUAAUUUUCUUUUGCUGCUUAUUAUUUAAAUAUCAGUUACCUUGGGAUAAUGAUGUUUUUUUCUUAGUCUGGUUGCCUGGAACUGAACCAUAACAAUUUAAUGGUUUUGAUGAGAAUGGUUUUAAUGAUUUUCUUA